UGGCCGACCGCCAAAUUCAAAUUUUCAUCCACAACCACCAAACACACAACAACACACCCCACACCGCAUCAACCAACCGACCGACCGGAGAGCUACCUUAACUACCCAGUCCACCCUCAGCCAUGGCGGACGUGGCUUCUGUGGCGCUUGAGCACGAAGCACGAACUGCCAAGUUGAACAAGCGGCUCGGGUCACAACUCAAUCACAACGCCAGAAACUACAUCCUCGGCAUUUUGCAUGUGUAUCAAGCUGGCGGGGGAUGCGAAGAGCUGUGUAUCGAGCUGGGGCGCGUGCUGCGCAAGGACAAACACAUGUCCCUGCUCAAAGACAUCCAGCCUUUGAUCAAACAAGAAGACCUGCAGAGAUACAGGAACGAAGUCCUGCUGUGGAAGAUGACUGGCUCUCCACCCACACGCGUCAGCGACGCACACAACUACGAGCACAUGCGGGUCGGGCAGGCGCUGGCAAAGUGUGCUUGCUUCGAAACCGCCAUCACGCGAAAGAAGAAGACGGGGCGGCUCGGGUUUGUGCUGCGUGACGUGCGCGGCUGCGCAGUUGUGCGAACGGUUGAAGAGGACUCGCCAGCAUCACGCGCCGGUGUGCGAGAGGGGGAUCUUGUGGUGGCUGUGAACCGCUGUCGACUGCAGUCCCCGGGUUACGAUCACGCCACCGCCCUCCUGCGCAAGACAGCGGACAAGACAGUGCGCCUCAUGGUGGUGUCGCAGGCGUUCACCUCCGACCUGUUGUCGGCACAGCAACAACAACAACACCACCAGCAGAAGCAGCGCAAGGAUCGCCGGCAGCCACUGCAGCCAAAGAACCAGCAGCCACAACAGUCACAACAACCACAGCAGCAGCCACAACAACCACCCUUACGAAAGCAGCGACUGUCCCAGGCACAACACGUCUCGACCCCACCCUCACAGACAGCACCAGCUUGUGCACCACUCCAUAACACCACCAGCACUGCCAGCAGCAAGAAGCAUGUGCACACACCGUCAACCUCGUCACCAUCAGCACCGACAAUUUCACCGCCUGCGCCGUUUGCGGUGGAGCAAACCAUCGCCUUUCGUCUUCCAGAGGAGCAGGGCGCGCUUGGCUUUGAGCUGCUUGGCGGGUCCGAAGACAACACCCCCAUCACCAUUGGCAGUGUCGACAAGGACAGUGUGGCGGACCAAGCCGGUCUCAGGGCCGGAGCACGCAUCAUCAGCGUCAACGGCGUCACGUUCAGCAACCUGCCCCACGCAGCAGCGGUGGAGGUGAUGAGAAGCUCGCCGUUUCUUCGCAUGGUGUUGCAGACGGACGUGCAGUCGACCGCCAAGCACCAGCACCAGCAGCGUCAACACUUGGACGACAUGUGUGGUGCAGCAGAAUCACCAAGUGUGUAUUCCGUUGCCAGCAGCAACGGUGGCGGCGGUUAUUCUUCGCAGGGAGUACUGGCAGAUGUUUCAGCCUCUCCAUCGUCCCUCGAUGACACCAUGUCACCUCCAUUUCAUUUCACAACAUCCAGCCAUCACAGCGUGCGCAUCCGUCAGCAUCAACAACAACAACGACGACGACGACAACAACAACAACAACAACAACAACAACAGGAACGCGGUCAUGAGCAGCACCAGCAGCACCAACACCAGCACCAGCAACCAUCAUCAUCAUCAUCAUCAUCAUCAUCAUCAACAACAACAACAUCAUCAUCAUCAUCGUCAUCAUCAUCAUCAGCGUGGCGGCUGCUACACCGCCUGCGCCCGUCUCUCUCCUCAGCCUCAAUUGGACGCUCCCGCGCACGCCAGCAGUCACCGCACCUUGACGAUGGGUAUCGUGGUGACAGGAGCAGUGUGAGCAAUGACGACGCUGCCCACGAUACAUCAACGGACAUCCACGUACAUGGUGGGCGUGGUGGGCGUGCCAAAGCACGCAUGCGGCGACCCCGCGUGACUCACUUGUGGCGACGCAAGCGCGCAACCGUUUCUGCACAUCCAGCCAGUUACACCCGUAGUGAGGCAGCCAUGGGUAGCAAUUGGAGCUAUGCUAACAACAGCUACACCACCCCCAACAGUACCAACAACAACAACAACAGCAGCAGCAGCAGCAGCAGCAGCAACUAUGGUGCUGGCGGAGCACGCAGUGUUGGCUCCAAUGCUUACAGCGGUGGCAACAGCGGUUUGGGAGGACGUGUGGUCAUCACGUCGCCGCCACGGCAGGCACAGUGGAGCAAGCGUACAGGGGCUGCGUGGCACCUUCGCUACAUGACAUCACCGCGGACGCAUGCUGACAGACAAGACGGUGACAGUGGCGUUACUUUCCAUGGCAGCACUGAUGGCGAGGCCUGGGCCGACGCAGACGCCCAUGACAUGACAACAUCUCCACCACCACGCGCUUUCCGCAGCAGGCGGCAGUCUGCGUGGCUGUCCCCAUCACCGGCUCGGGCCAGUGUCGGCUACACCCACCACUUGCAACAGCAGCAACGUCGACGACGCAUGAUUCAGCAGCAGCAGCAGAAGCAGCAUCAGCAGCAGCAGCAGCAGCAGCAGCAGCGACACGGCGACCGCCACCAUACCACGCUUCACGCUUCGCUUGCGUCCUGUGGCCAACUCCACCACGAUGAAGAUAACGGCAUUGCUGCAGUGGCUGCUCGCCAAGUUGGCCGUGCACAGUACACGCAGCGGCAAACAAACACACAGCACAACAAGUACGACACACUGAACAAAUCGCGCGCGCAGAUGUUGUCUUCAAUGCUGACGCUGCCAGCCCCAAGCGAGUCCGCCUACAGCGAAGACAGCCUCUGCAACGAUGGUGGUGUUGGUGGCGUGGACGAUGAUGCACGGAAACACAUCAGCCGCCGAUACAACCGCAGCCGCAACCACAACUACAGCCAUGAACGUGCGGAACAGCUGCCACAGCAACGCAAACAGCACAAUAAUGGCCGAAGUGAGAGCUGCGAUAUGAUGGAUGAUAUUGAGGACGACAUGUUUGAUCCGGCGUUUGUUGUGUCGCCCAGACACCACCACCAUCACCACCACGGACGUGGCCGUGGCCGCCGAUCUCCAGCGUUUGUGCUGUCGCCACGCCACGCGGCAGAGACGCGCCGACGACGCAGGAGGAGAAGGAGCAGGCAGCAUGACACUGAACUUGCCGGUGAGCAGCAGUCGCACCAACAUGAGCGCACGGGUGUACAGCGACACCUCUGCAACUACGACGCCAUGGGCGAACGAAUGACCGCGCACAGACAACAUUGCCAUCACCAACAACGUCACCACCACCAGCAAGAAGAGAGUGGCUGGCGACGGUGGACUUACACGCGUGAUGCUUCUGAGAGUGAUGAUGACACGGCGAGCGAUACAGAAGCGGACCAGUCCAUGGUUGACAUGAAUGGCUCGUUCUUCUCACCCGCGCAACCAAAGCCCACACGUUCUCGUCGUCCGCAUGUUGAUGCGAGCGCUAGCUGUCAACAAAGAGCAUCAACCGCAUCACCAGCAGCAACGGAAACAUCAGUAACAGCACGGCCGCCACCACCGCCAAUUCACCCGGCGCCACUUCCGCCCCCGCCACUGCAAGCUGCCAUGGUGGAAGAGCUCAAGCGUGGCAUGAGCAACGACAAGGGUGUCCACGCAGCAGCUUGUGCGAGCAAGGCCAGCGGCACACGUGCAGGCAAUGAGGGGAACAAUGCCGCGAGUCCCGUCACGGAGAGCCAGAGGCACACGCACAAGAACAGCAGGAGCGCUGGUGAUGGCAGAGCAGCGGACGAGGAAACGAGGACUGUUCGUCCACCAAAAUUCCCUCGGCACCCACUGCAGAUCCCACGUGCUGGGCCAGCAUCAACGGCAAGUCUGCACACCAGCGGCAGUGCAGAGGGUGGCGUUGAUGUGAGCGCAGGCGCACUAGAUCACCACCAACACCGCCAACAGCAACCGCACCAGCAGCACCAGCAGCAAUUGCAACUACAACAGCAGUCAAAGCACCAGCAGCACCAGCAGCAAUCGCACCGCCGACAGAACAAGAAGAAGAAGGCGCCUGUUGCUCCACCAACACGGGCUGCCACGAGCGCCGUCACGAUUGCGGGUAGCUCCACUCGGUCGUUGGCAACAACAACGAGACGACGGACAGCGUCUACAAAAGGUGCUGGCCCCAUGAUUCAGCAGCACAACAAGGAUGAUGAUGGACGAGGUGCUGGUGAUGAUGAUGAUGAUGACGAUAUCAGAGGCGAUGGGAGUGUCGAAGACGAGCUGUCAUCGCUGCCGCCUCCUCCGCCAGGCAUGCUGGGUGUGAACCAUCGCGUGGGCUGUGCCCCGGCAAAUCCACCCUCGCAUGUGCUGAAUGACUCCUUUGGUCCCCUUCCGCCGCCACCAACACCGCCGCCACACGCAGCGAGAGCAGCAACAACAGGCUCUUCUGCAGUCACUGCCACGACAACAGCAGCAGCAGAGCGGAAUGCAAACAGCGUGCGGCUUGGGGAUGAUGUUGAGUUUGGGUUUUCUGUUGUGGAUGUGGAACAGAGCAGCAAUGCCAACGUCAACAACAACAACGCGGCUGGCUGGGACCUGCCUCUUCCACCACCACCACCGCCACCACCGCCGCCACCAUCAACUUCACUGCCACGUGAUGCACACCAUGGCGAUGGCAGCACGCGCAACGGCAGCGAGGAAACUGGAGAAGAUGAGGACUUGGAGAACGUGGUGCAUGCAGGCACGAGGCAUGUACCGCGAGAAACGGUGACAAAGGCUGCUGUGAUGCUGGGCGAGCUCAAGCUGUCUCUUCAACGGAGAGGAGGACACGCGUCAACAGCAAGCGACACUGAAGCCGCCUGCGCUGCCGAUACAGCCACAAACGCCUAUGCGCAAGACCAGUCGCACGCGUCAAAGCCAGCAGCAGCGACCGCAGUGGCAGCUGCAACAGGAAUGCGGGAGAGAGCAUGCACGGCACCAGCCGCAUCGGCAACAUCAUCUGAUUUUGAUGCACCAUUGCCACCGCCACCGCCACCGCCACCGCCACCACCACUGCUGCCGCUGCCAGAACAAAUGAAGUGCAUGGUUGCAGACAGCAAGUGCGAAGAUGGGGACUUGCCGCUGCCACCGCCGCCGCUGGCGUAUGUUGCUGUUGGCUGUGACGACGACACCUUGGGUGUAAGUGAUACUGGUAGUGGCGAUGGUGUUGCGGAGGAUGCACAGCAUGCAGCAGGCACGAAAGCAGCGGGAGAGAAGACGAUGAAAACGAAGAUCACGAAGAAGCAGAAGAAGAGGCGACAGCAAAAGGAAGAGUGCACCGGUCAGGGUGGCAGGACAGCCAAUGGCGAGGAUAAGGGCCAGGGCAGUCGCACCAACAAAAACGAUGGCGGUGUGCAAAAUGGAUGCGCUGAGGAGAAAAGAAAGAAGAACAAGAAGCGACGCAAGAAGAGGAAGAACAAGGGCAAGGGCAAACAUCAGGAUCACCACCAUCAAAGCGGCUCUGCAGAGCCAAGGAACGCAGAUCACGAUGACAUUGAUGCGGCUGACUUGCCAUCACCACCUCCUCCUCCACCACCACCGCCACCGCCGCCACCACCGCCAGCCCCCGCGUGCCCAGCAACGCUUCCGGCAGCGCAGCCCAGCAGAGCGAAGGAAAGCCUGCGACAGCGCUGUGGUGGGGCUGGUGCAGUGCUUGAGAGCGCGUCGACACCGCGUGGCUCCCUGCUCUCGGAGCUAUCGUCCUUUGACAGCGCACGACUGAAGAGCGUGACGCCUCGCACGGGGCCUGCUGACACACAGAGCAUGCUUCUGUCUGAGAUUAAGCGGUUCAACCGCCAGUCGCUGAGCAGCAGCGUGCGGACAACGAGCGGCGCGUGCCUGCAAGCAAGCACACCGACCACAGACGGCACCAGCGCAAACAGUGCAUCCACAACCCGCAGUGGUGACUGCGACUUGGAUGAGGAGGCUCUGGCCAACAUGUCGCCCUUGCAGCGACGCCAGGCCACGCGACGGUGGACGCGGCCCAUGAGUGCGUUUGAGGCAGCACUGGCCACGGCAUUACAGCGUCGGUUCCAGGCGUGCAACAGCCCGAGCCCGACCAAGGGAGAUGGGAAGCAGACGCUGGAUGACAGCUGGGCAGAUGACGCCUGAACCUGAGUGAGGUGAAUGUGUGUGUGUGUGUGUUUGUGCGUGUGUGUGUGUGUGUGUUUGCUUGUUUGCUUGUUUAUUACCUGUUGUUUUGUUGUUUGUCUGUUUGUCUGUUUGUUUGUUUGUUUGUUUGUGUUCAUUCUGAGCUUUGUAGACAGAAAGCACUGUUGUGUAUGGGCGCGCACUGUAGAGAGGGCAUAUUGCACUAGUUGUGUGGUGUGCGUAGCGUGGUGCGAU